CCGAAGCAUUCCGAUCUUUCUUAUCAUUACACACGACGCCAUUGAUUUACAAGAACAAUCUUGUCACUUAAACAAAGAAAUAACAAAAUACUAAAAUACAUCCUACAUCACCAUGGCCGGUAGAGACGAUCCAGGAAAAUUUUUUGUUGGAAACCUCAGUUGGCAAACAGACAAUGACGUGCUGUGGAGGUACUUCAGUAGAUUUGGAGACCUCAGUGAUGCUGUUGUCAUCAUGGAUAGACAGACAGGAAAAUCAAGGGGAUUUGGUUUUGUCACUUUCCGUGAUCCACAUUGUGUAGAUGAAGUACUACAUGAAGGACAGCAUACAAUUGAUGGCAGACAGGUGAAUGCCAGACCCUGUAACAACAACAAUGCCAGACCUGGUAACAACUACAACAGAUAGGCAGGAUUUGAAGAAGAACAGUUAAAUGUUAACAAUUACUGUUAACACUUACUGUUAACAAAAAACAUCAUGUCAUAAUUUAUUUUGUCGAAAAACAAUCAUGUCUUUUCAAUAUUCUUUUUAAUAUGUGUGACAACUAUUUUUUUUUAUCAUAAUUUAUAACAUUUUAGACUGGAAUUUUUAGUAUCUGAAUGCUUUGUUAUUCAUACUGUAGUUAUUUUUACUUAAAAAGUGUCUGUAUGAGAUCCAAUUUCAUGAAUUCAGGAACAGUAUUAACAAUAUUUGUUAAAAUAAAUCAGAAAAACAAGUUAAUUAUUUAAUAGGCUUAUCAUUGUUCAAAGAUUUUUUUCCAAGUUAAUAUUUUUUACCAUUUCCAAUCCUUAGAUUGGUUUUAUUGUUUGACCUAUCACAUGCAUCAGUGAGUGAGUUAAACCAAAUAUCCAAUAUCAUUUAAAUUAGAAAAUUUAACAAACUGCAACUAGAUUUAGGAAGGGACUCUUAUAAAGUGUACAAUUAUUGAAAACGAAUAUUUUUAAGUAUUUACAAAACAAUAAGUUAUAUAAUUACAAAACAAUUUAAGUUUUAUAAUUACAAAACAAUAAAGUUAUGUAAUUAUAAAACAAUAAAGAUAUAUAAUUACAAAACUAAAAUUUAUUUUUAUGAGGUAGUUUUUAGGCAUUAUUGGGUAGAUACCAAAUGAACCUGAAAAUUUCUAUCAUUUUUAUAUUCUUUCCACUGGGGUACAGAAUGGAAGCUCACUCACUCCCUUAAGAUUAUUUUAUUUUAAAGAAAGCAUUUAUAUAUAUACAUUAUCUUUGUGCAUCAUUGUCUUAAAAAGUAAAAUUUUAAAUCUUAUAA